AUGCCAAUUCCCACCCCACAACCUCAACCCAACAAACACGUCAACAACAUCAAGGAUGUGGGCAAGCUCGGUACAGAUACAGGCAAGCCAGACCAAAAUCCCCGAAAGAAAUGCACCUACCAUAACGAGCUCGGCCACUAUACAACUGCUUGUGCCCCAUACAAGACACUACUGGAACGCCUCGCGGCCCAGGGUCACCUUGACCAAUACAUUGAUCGAGCCAAAAUGCCCGCCCGUCAACCUACUGGCAAUCUAAACCCCAACGAGCCACGACCAAUGAUACACGUCAUCCAUGGCCCAGUCACUAAGGAGUCCGAAACCAACCUUCACGCCGAUCUUGACCGCGCAUCCACUUCAAAGCAAGUACUUGCGGUUGGACCUGGGUCAAAGCGUCCACGCCCACAGGAUGUGCCAAAAUGGACGAUCACUUUCACCAAGCUUGACCUUGAGAUGGUACAAACACCUCACUCCGACGCCCUCGUAGUCACUGUUCAAAUUGGCGUCCACGAUGUCAAGUGCGUUCUCAUCGAUUAUGGGAGAUCGGCAGAGGUUAUGUACUACGACCAUUUCAAAAAGCUUGAUCUAUCAAAAUCGGCGCUACAAACAGCUAAAGUACCACUCAUUGGCUUCAAUGGCGCCUUAGUCUGGCCGCUCGGCCGCAUCUUCCUUCCACUCGUCGCUAGCGCGAAAACUUUGAGUGUCGAAUUCAUCGUCGUCAACGUGCCGAGCCAGUACAAUGCUAUACUUGGCCCUACCUGGCUUCAUGAUAUGCAAGCCAUCGCUUCCACUUACCACCAGGUCAUCCGAUUUAUCAGUGAGAAUGGAAGGCAAGAAGAUCUACGUGGCGAUCAAGUCGCCUCCAAAAAGUGCUAUGUCUCGGCUGUUCACAAUUCCUCCAAAGCAAAACAAGUACAAUGGGUUGAAAUCCCGGACAUGGCCGUCAUUGAAGGGGUCAGCGAGAAGUACAAAGCCAUUGUUGGAAGCCAAAGCCAUCCAAGAAGUACAAUAUCCAAUGUGGUUGUCAAACACAGUUGUCGUCAAGAAGAAGAACGGCAAAUGGUGAGUUUGCGUUGA